AGAAGAAAUAAAACCGUUUCGUCUACAAAAUUAAACAAAAUGUCACAAGCCGCACAAGGUUAUAAUUUUUUUUUUUAAUACCUGGCUUAAGAUUACCUCAGAAUCCUGCUGGUCAAAGUGGCUUAAAGCGCCAUCUAUUGAGCAAAUAGGGAAUUAAUGAGGCAUAUGCAAUUUGUACUGAGGUCGUAAUGUACAGACUGAUUACACCCUGGUCUCUAACUAUUUUAUAAAAUCAUCUAAUCUAAUCUGUGACUGUGGUUUAGAUUUAGAAAAAAAUACGAUAACAAACAUGGCGUGCGUGUAGUACAGCGUCUGUAAAUCCUGUUUACAAUUAUUACUUAUAAUUAAUAAUUAAUUUAAAGUGUUCACAAUAAUGCGGCUAUCGUCGAUCAGACGGAGGGUCGACACCACUCGGACUAGGUAAAGACAGCGCGCCGCAAUGUGAAGCGGUCGCGAGUGCGAUGUGGGCUCGUGGGGCUCGCGGCGCGAGGUGAGGCGACAGUCGCAGGGCCGGGCUCCGGGGUGCUAUGCAAGCGGCGCCGACGCGCUACGCGUCCGCCAGCGAGCUGUACUGCGCCGACGAGGUGGAGCUGCUGCUAGACGAGAUCCGCGAGCUGGAGCCCACGAGCUGCCGCGGCGAGGACGUGCAGGACUUCGAGAUCGCGGGCAGCGGCGGCGGCGGCGGCUCGGGCGCGGGCGGCCGCUCGCCCGCCGGCACGGAGCUCACGGAGCGCUCGUGGGACUCGCACGCGCACUACUCGCGCGCGCCGCCGCCGCGCCCGCGCGCGCUGGCGCCCGUGUACUGCCACUGGGCGCACCUGCGCUCGGCGCGCGGCGCUCUGGGCGUGCUGCUGGCGCUGCUGAGCGCGGCGGCGUGCGGCUGCGUGUGGGCGGCGGCGGGGCUGCGCGCCGGCGCCGCGCGCCCGCUGCUGUUCGGCGCGCUCACGUCGCUGAUGCUGCACGCGCUGCGCGCCGCGCUGCACGUCACGCGCCUGCACCGCCUGCUGCCGCUCGACUGGAACCGGCUGGGCGGUGCGUCGUUCCUGUGGAGCGCGCUGUGGCUGACGGGCGGCGCGGCGGCGCUGCUGGCGCGCGUGGGGCCCGCCGACCGCCCGCCCGCGCAGCUGCUGUUCGCGGCCGCGAUGCUGGGGCUGUGCGGCGCGGCGCUGGCGCUGGCGGGCUGCGCGCUGGCGGUGCGCGCGGCGCUGGCGGGCCCGGCGCGCGCGCCGCCCGACCGCGCCUACCGCGCGCUGCCCACCGCGCCGCCCGCGCCCGCCGCCGACCGCGCCUUAUAGUGACCGCCCGUCGCCAGCACCGACUUCUGAAGUGUGCUCCGCGCCGGCGCCGCACGAGCC